AUCUGUCAAACUAUUCCAAUAUGUCUGGCGAUUGGCAUGCAAUACAUUGAAGGCAUAUGAUAGUAUAGUGUUAUUUUAGUAUUUUAAAGUAAUUUUCGUAUUUUAUGUCCAUGUAAGUAUUGCUAAAUACUUCUGUGACAUAGUAACAAAUAUUGCUUACGUCAAUAAACUUUAAUAAGUAGUUAAAAAGUUUUAACUAAGUAAUUUGGAAGAUUGAAGAAAGCUAGGUUAACAAAUUUUAUGUUUUAUAAGUUUAAUAAAAAAUAAUAUUGAGCAUCCCUAAAAUAGAUUUUAGGUAAAAUCAUCGGGGUAAUAUAUAUUUUAUUAUUUUAGGUACUUAGUAAUACCACAUUGUAUCUUAAAUUUGAAAUUUUAAUUUAAAUAAAGUAUCCAAUAAAAUCGCUUGUGUGCAGUGUUGCCAGAGAAAUUUUUGUAAAUGCACCGGAAUGACUGGAAUAGUGACACAAAUUACUAAACCAACACAUUUUGUACAAAAACUUAAAAAAACGUCGUUUAAUAUUAUUUGAAGCAAAUUUCUUAUGUCACAAAAUUUUAGGUUUUUACUUUAGGAGACUUUAGUAUCAAAAGUUUGGUUGUUAAUUGUAUCAAAUUGGUACAAUUUUAACAACUCUGGCAACGCUGAAUUGCCUGCCAUACGUCCUGUCAUUAAAAAUCACGUGGUUUGGAUUGCCUAAUUGUCUAAGCCACAUAGGACCAAAAAAAAAAUAGAUCUGAAGUUGACAGGACACCUGGUUGUGCAUUGCCUUGAGCAAGACGCGCAUAACCAAUAACAUGUACUGGGUAAAUGAUUAAAAAAAAAUCGAAACCCAAAAAAAAAAGGAAGAAGAAGAAGAGAUUGAGAAAUGAACAAAUUAACAAAUGAACUUGGUUUGAGUUGAGUAUAUUGAUUGAGUUGAAAUUUAAAUAGCAAAAGGUUAAUGAAAUGGAGGUAAAACAAGAAGUUGGUGAGGAGACGUAUAAAAUAGAAAUAGAUACUGACGUGAAUAAUGCCCUUCUGGAUAGCUUUAAAAUUGAAAUAAAGGAAGAACCCAAAAGGGAAAGUAUACAUGAUACAUGUGAUUCUGAAGACUUGAAGAAAAUUCCCUUGAAGAUUGAAAUGAGCCAAGAUGAACAUAAACUUCUUUUAUUGGAACAAAAACAAACAAAUGAAAAAGGGUUUCCACAGGAGGUGAACACAUUGGAAAUUAUGAAAACGAUACAUGUACAUUCAAACGAUAAGAAACAACCUAUGAGUAGACCAGCUGAAGAAAAAACAUUAAAAUGUGAAAUUUGUGCUAAGCAAUUUGCUAAAAAAGGGUAUUUAAAUGCGCAUAUGAAAAUUCACUCUGGGGAAAAACCGUACCAGUGCGAAAUUUGUUGUAAGAAGUUUGGUACGGCACAACAUUUGAAACGUCAUACAGCAACGCACACAGGGGAUAAACCGUACAAGUGUGAAAUCUGUUUAAAGCAAUUUAUUCAAGCAAGUAAUUUGAAAACACAUUUGAUAUCGCACACUCAAGAAAGGCCUUUUAAGUGCGAAAUUUGUUAUAAGAAGUUUGGUACGGCACAACAUUUGAAACAGCAUAUAGCAAGGCACACUGGAGAAAAACCUCACAAGUGUGAAAUUUGUUUAAAGCAGUUUAUUUCAAUAAGUCAUUUGAAAGUACAUUUGAGAGUGCACACUGGAGAAAAACCUCACAAGUGUGAAAUUUGUUCUAAUCAGUUUUCCCAGUCAAGAUCUUUGAAACGACAUAUAAAAUUGCAUACUGGAGAAAAACCUCACAAGUGUGAAAUUUGUUCUAAUCAGUUUUCCCAGUCAAGAUCUUUGAAACGACAUAUAAAAUUGAAUACUGGAGAAAAACCUCACAAGUGUGAAAUUUGUUUAAAGCAGUUUAUUUCAACAAGUCAUUUGAAAGUACAUUUGAGAGUGCACACUGGGGAAAAGCCUCAUAAAUGUGAAAUUUGUUUUAAGCAAUUUAGUAUAGCUAAUGAUUUGAAAAUACAUUUGAGAGUUCACACUGGAGAAAAACCUCAUCAGUGUGAAAUUUGUUCUAAGCAGUUUUCCCAGUCAAUUGCUUUGAAACGACAUAUAAAAUUGCAUACUGGAGAAAAACCUUACAAGUGCGAAAUUUGUUUUAAGAAGUUUCGUACGGCACAACAUUUGAAACUUCAUAUUAUAGUUGUGCACACUGGAGAAAAACCGCACAAGUGUGAAAUUUGUUUAAAGCAGUUUACUACAAUAAGUCAUUUGAAAGUACAUUUGAGAGUACACACUGGAGACAAACCUUACAAGUGUGAAAUUUGUCUUAAACAGUUUUCUCAACAAGGUCACAUGAAUCAACAUAUGACAUUGCAUACUGGAGAAAAACCGCACACGUGUGAAAUUUGUUUAAAGCAGUUUACUACAACAGGUAAUUUGAAAGUACAUUUGAGAGUACACACUGGAGACAAACCUUACAAGUGUGAAAUUUGUCUUAAACAGUUUUCUCAACAAGGUCACAUGAAUCAACAUAUGACAUUGCAUACUGGAGAAAAACCUCAUAAGUGUGAAAUUUGUUCUAAGCAGUUUUCCCAGUCAAGUGCUUUGAAACUACAUAUAAAAUUGCAUACUGGAGAAAAACCUUACAAGUGCGAAAUUUGUUUUAAGCAGUUUUCACAAAAAGGUCAAUUGAAAACACAUUUGAUGACACACUCGAAAAGCGCCUUAGCGUGAAAUUUUUUUAAGCAGUUUAGUACGACAUAAUUUAUUUGAAGUCAUUUGAGAAUGCACACUGGGAUAAAAUCCGUAUCUUCGGUGAAUCAUUUUUCUCAAGCAGACAUUCUGAAAUAACGUAAGAAAUUACAUAUUGAAGAAAUAUUUUAAUGUGUGAAAUUUGAUUGGAAAUGGAAUGUAACUGGAUAUAUGCAAGUUUACUCUGAAGAGAGGGAUAUAAACUAGUUCGCCUCUAAACAUGCAUUUAAUAUAGGAUAAUGUUGCUUCCGGAAAAAAGGAAAAGGGGCAGACCGAAAACUACCUGGAUAACUGGAAUCCCAAAAACAAUGUCUGAGAGAGAUUUACGACCAGGAGAUUGGACAGAUCGAUGCGGCCGGAAAAUAGGAACCAGAAGGCGCAGGACGUUACAAACCGGUGUUAUCAUCAUCAUCCAGCCUCAAAAGCCCGCUGCUAAACAUAGGCCUUUUCUCAUGUUUUCAACCCCGUCUAUCUUGCGGUGUUAAUUAUUAAUUUUGCUUCAACCUGUUUAAAAAAUUGUUACAAUAUCAUCAUAAAUAAAAAAGUUAUUUAA